AUGAAGGCUUGGUUGUUGAAAUACUCAAAUAAUUCUGCGUUAUUGGUUGAAGAAUUUGCUUGGAGGGAUUUAUUGGUAGAAGAAGAAAGGCCUAAAGAAUCGUCGGAGUCCAACUAUAACUCCUCCGUGUCUGGCGCAAAGGAGGAAGAGGUGAGCUCCGAUGGCGAUCGUCAACAAGAAGAACCGCAGAAAGUAAAGAGUUUCAGAGGGGUGAGAAAAAGGCCAUGGGGGAAAUUCGCGGCUGAGAUUAGGGAUUCAACGAGGAAUGGUGCUAGGGUUUGGCUUGGAACAUUCGACAGCGCCGAGGGAGCCGCUUUGGCUUACGAUCAAGCGGCGUUUUCGAUGAGAGGGGCAUUGGCUACUCUCAAUUUCCCCAUUGAAACAGUCAGGGAAUCUCUUCAGGCAAUCAAAUGUAGAUGCGAAGACGACGAGGGUUGCUCGGCGGUUGCGGCUCUCAAGCAGCGAUAUUCAUUGAGGAAAAGAUCCAAGAACAAGAAGAGAAAGCAAAACGAUGCCGCGGCGGCGGCGAGGCAACAACAGAACUUGUUGGUGUUUGAGGAUUUAGGAGCUGAUUACUUGGAACAACUGUUGAGUUCAUGUGAAACCACAGCUCCUUGGUAA